CUCCUGGACUGCACGGCUGUUCCCCUGUGCGGGGCAUAGUUUGCGGGGGCAGGGGAGCUUUAGUAACACAGUCCCCCGCUAUGUAAACAGCCUAGAGAUUUGCUUCUGGUCACUUCCAGUAAGAGAAGCAGAGUGGCUUAAUAACCAACCAGCUCAGCCCUCCCCUCCCUCAGGGCCCCACCAACCACAGCCGGAUUCACCAAGGGGCUUAGAUGGUCCUGGGGAGAGAACAUGGUGUCUGCCGCACCCAUCCUGCUCCUCGUGCUCCUUCUUGCUUCACUUGCUCCUGGGAAGAGACAAAGGAGGCCCCCAGCCCUGGAGAGUCACUUUGAGAAGAUCAAGAUACAGGAGAACUUUGACCUCCAGCAGUUUUCAGGGAAGUGGUUGCUGGUUGGUGUGGCCUCCAAAUGUGACUACCUAAGAGAAUAUAAUCACCAGCUGGAAGCAACAACCAUGGCGGUGGCUGCCUCUGAAGGGAAGUCGCUGGCUGUCAGUACCUUCCGGAAACUAGAUGGAGCAUGCUGGGAGAUUAAGCAGCAAUACUGCUCCACCAAGGCCAAGGGGCGAUUCCUCCUGAAAGGCCGUGGCAGCAAUGUGGAUGUGGUGGUGGGGGAGACAGACUACAACAGCUACGCCAUCCUGUACUACCAGAAGCUCCGGAAGAUCUCCAUCAAGCUCUAUGGACGCAGCGUCCGGGUCAGUGACGCCAUCAUGGGUAAAUUCGAGCAGCGCAUCACAGAGAUGAACUUGAACGAGGACUUCACCUACUACUUCCCCACUUACGGGUUCUGUGAGUCCACAGAUCAAUUUCAUCUGCUUGAUGAAACGAAGAUUUAGGUGAAGAAGGAAAUGCCAGAGACUGCGGGAGCCAACCAGCCAUGUCUGCAGGCAUACUGAGCGCAGGGGCUUGGCCACGGGAGCUGCCAGUGAAUUCUGUGGCCCAGUUAUUCAGCCAGGGCUGGGGAGCUCCAGGUGGAUGCUGGGCCAAGGAAGUGAUGAAGGGGUGGGAUUGGGGUCUCCUCUGUAGUCCUAACCCUAGUGUUUGUUCACUCCCAGCCCUUGCUCCCCCUCACUCCCCAGGCUCAUGUCUCUUCCACAUGAUACUACCACACAAAGGCGGAUUUGGGUUUUGUGGGGCCCUGCGCCAGAGCAGUGGGGCCCGCUCCCCAUCCCUUCCUCCUGCAGUCCUCCC